AAAAAAUAUAUAAACAACUAUGUCGGGCAAUCCUGAUGAUUUAGAGCAAAAUAUUGAAACCUUGAAAACCUCGGUUAGAAAGUCAUUUGCUCGUAUUUACGCGAGUUUGAAGGCGAGGGAGCUGAAAACAUUAAGGCAACUCGACGCUAUACGCAAACAAUGCCAAGACAACAAAGAAUUGGAAAUAAAUUGUGUUCAGAACAUUAACAUAUGCUAUAGUGACGAGUCCACGUUACUAGAUAUCGUAAGUAACUAUGGUGUUAUUGAUUUUGAAAGACUUAGUUUUGAUAGCAGUACUUUUAUAUUAGAGGAUUAUAUCAGUCCCAAUGACGAUCAUAUGUAUUCGUAUAAGACUAUUGAAGAAAUCACUGAGAACGAGGAUGUAGGAGCUAUUGAGGAAGCUGCGCUUAAGCAAAUAACUGACACUGAUGAUUGUGUAUGUAUUGUUAAUGUACAGGCUGAAGACGUGUCUAGGAAAUUUCGAGAAUUUAAUGCUAAUUUAAACGUAAGUGCACCUAACACUAAUAUAGAUAAUGAGGUAGAUGAAUGUGGGGAUAUUGAGACUAUAGAAAAUAAAUUAGAAACAAACAGUAUUACGGAAGAUGAAAAUCUUGAUAAUUCAGAUGUGGAAGUGCAGAAAAACAAUCCUACAGAUGACUGGUUAAACUCUAUCAAAAAUCAAACUGAAACCGAGCCAACACAAGUGAGUGAUGUAAUGGAACACAGUACUAUAGCUUGCUCUUAAGUUUUAAUACUGACAGCAAGUCCUAGCACCAAUUUACUUAAAAUGCAUUUAAUAAAGAUUUACUAUUUUAUGUAUUA